UCUUAAUGUGCGACCGGAAGCGUGCAGCCCCUCUCGGUGCAGCCUCUCCGUGCAGUCUCCGGCUCUGCAGACAUACCCUUCUCAUUUGUUGUUGCGCUGCUAUUCUGACCAUUACCGCCCUGUGUGUUGUCAACAGUAAUGCUAACCAGCGCGAAGCCCAGGCGAAAUGAUUUCCAACAAGCCCAUGUUGUUGCAGCUAAAGCUAACGCGGUUUCUGCUCAUUCUUACGCGAUGCCACUUAGUUAGUUAGCUGGUAAAAUAAAUAAGCUCCGUGUCGUCUCCUGUUUCAUCUCAGACCGGCCUUCAGAGUGAAGAGGAAAUGACCCAGCUGAGUGUCCGCCGCUGGACGCCUAAACAUGUUGCCAAGUGGCUGAAGGAAGAGGGCUUCUGCGACUAUGUGGACCUGCUGUGCAACAAGCACCGGCUGGACGGCACCAGUCUGCUUGCCCUCAGCGAGUACGACCUCCGCUCGCCACCACUGGAGCUCAAGGUGCUGGGGGACAUCAAGCGGCUGAUGGUGUCCAUCCGCAAACUUCAGAAGCAGAACAUAGACGUGUUAGAGGAGCUGGGUCUUCCCUAUGAUGGCCACUCUCCCACAGGCUCUGGAGGCAGCUUGGACUGGCUGUGUAACGGAGACUCAGGCAGAGACUGUGACAGCACUGACACUGCACCGGUGGGAGAGGAGUACCACCAGUACACUAAUGGGAAGUACAAGCAGCAGAUGAGACGCCUUGAUCCCGAAUACUGGAAGACAGUGCUGAGCUCCGUUUACGUGGUGUUUGUGUUCGGAUUCACCUCCUUCGUCAUGGUCAUAGUGCACGAGCGGGUGCCUGACAUGCGCACAUACCCUCCACUGCCAGAUAUUUUCCUAGACAGUGUGCCUAGAAUACCGUGGGCCUUUGCGAUGGCCGAGGCGUGCGGCGUAAUCCUCUGUAACAUCUGGCUGUUGGUUCUGCUGCUGCAUAAACACAGGUCCAUCCUGUUGCGGCGCUUGUGCAGCCUGAUGGGGACGGUGUUCAUGCUGCGCUGCAUCACCAUGUUCGUUACCUCCCUGUCUGUGCCAGGACAGCAUCUGCAGUGCUCGGGAAAGAUGUACGGCGACAUGUGGGCCAAACUACAGCGAGCUGUGGCCAUCUGGAGCGGUUUUGGGAUGACCCUGACUGGAGUGCAUACGUGUGGCGACUACAUGUUCAGCGGCCACACCGUGGUCCUGACCAUGCUCAACUUCUUUGUCACCGAGUACACUCCACGGAGCUGGAACUUCAUUCACACUUUGUCCUGGGUCCUCAAUCUGUUCGGCAUCUUCUUCAUCCUGGCUGCACAUGAACACUACUCCAUUGACGUGUUCAUCGCCUUCUACAUCACUACCAGACUCUUCCUGUACUACCACACUCUAGCCAACACCAGGGCCUACCAGCAGAGCCGGCGAGCUCGCAUCUGGUUCCCCAUGUUCUCCUUCUUUGAGUGCAACGUCAACGGGCCCGUCCCCAACGAGUACUGCUGGCCUUUCUCGAGACCUGCGGUGAUGAGGAGGCUGAUUGGAUAAUGAGCAGCAGCAGCAGCAGCAGUACUGUCAGACACGUCUUCGGCUGUGCUGCUUCAUCUGCUUUGUCAAGUUGCCAACUAAUGCGGUGUGUCCUCAACAACAAAAGACGCCUGAUGUGAUUGUUGUCAGCACAGAGGUCUGAUGGGACACACAGAGCCAUACCCUCUUAUAUUUCGAGACUUAGUUUCCAACCUGUUUGACCUGUCAACAUUUUGAGGCGGAUUAAACAAAAUCUACAAAACCCUGCUGGGUUUUUUUUUUUUAAAGGUCCCAUCACAUCAUCUUGUGUUUGAUUUAAGAGGUGAACGCAGUGGAGAUGUGUCACACUUAUUGGUUGCUUGUUUUUCCUCUAAAGGGAUGUCAUUUUAUGUAGCAUGAAUUGCAUUUUUCGUUACCUCCCAGGUUAAAGUUAUAUUUGUUAGCCAGUAUUUGGAUAGCACACGGUAAAAAGGAAGCAUCAUCAAUAAAUCUCAGGCAGUGCUGCAGCUAAUCCUUCAUAGCCGCUCAACACUUUCUGUGCAGUUAAAAUACUUGAUUAUUUGGGAGUUUGGAUCUGGAUUAUUGACGGACAGUUUUGUCUUUUGUGAUUUAUCAGAACACUGCUCUGUGGACCACUGUUAAAGCAAUAUGUAUAGAUCUACAGGACACUGUACAGCAAAUAUAUUUUUCAUCAGUUUGAGAAACAGUUGUAGUGAACGUCUCCUGCAUUUCUUGAAAUCAUGCUUACAUUUUGACAACGUUACUUAAGGCUGACAGUUCAAUUCAUGGCUCAUUGUGAGGUGUACAACAACAUAGUGCUUAUAUUGUUGUCAUAGCCUGCUUUUUCCUUAACAAAACUUGAAAGGAUACCUUCAAGAAAAUGUCAUUAUUGGCCAAAAAUGUGGAAUGAAGGAGUUUUUUCCAGCUGUCUUAAAUAUUAUUCCAUUUGCCAAUUACCUUGAGUGUUAUGAUGAUAGGUUUCUCUGUGUAGAAAUGUCCCAAAUCUUUCAUGUUUACUGUUGGACAACUGUAUUAUACUUUUUUUUUUUUUUUUUUAAAGAAAAAAAGAUCAUGCAGUGUAAAUUACCAGACCAAGUACCAUGAGCUGUUCCUGAUAUUAGCCCUUUGACAUUAAUCUGUAGUAAACAGACCCUUAAAUUUGUAUGUAUUUGUUUAUAUUAAUUUAUUUCAUUUUAUAAAUGUCAGUAGGUAUUUUUAUAUUCCAUAUACAAAGGUACAGCAACAUGCACAUGGAGAAAUAUGUUUACAGUUGCUUUGAACUAUGAAACACAAUGUGCUAUUUAAGUGUAAAGUUCAUUUCAAGUUGUCCUCGACAUUUCAUUGAGUGAAACUUGCCAUUGUAGUAAAAGAUCAUUGAUUUGGUCAUUGCAGUAUGUUAGAGACAUGAGUAUUCUAAACGGAGUUGUCAGUCUAACAUUCUUUCAUGGAGGAAGGAUGUUGAUGUGUUCUUAUGCUACUGCGAAGCCACAUUACUCGUUUACUGUCUCGUCAGUCAUGCCCAUCAAUAAAGAGCUGAAAUGAGA